GCGACCGCGGGGACUCGUUUCUGGGAGAGGAGAGCAGCGCAGGGGUGUCAGGAGGGGAGCGCAGAGGGUGCGACCCCGGGGGGGCUGCACCGUUCACUGGACGGGGCAGCAACCCCAGCCCCUAACUGACGCCUCCCGCGGUGGCGGGCGCCUGGGACGGCGCCUACUGGGGACGCGGGGGCGCGGGCGCCUGGGCCGGGUGGGCCGGGGACGUGGGCCUGGGGCCCCGGGCUGGCAGACGCGCUGCACCCCCGCGCCUCGCGCUCGGCACCGAAGCGGCCGCCCCCACGCAGCGGGCGGGGGCCGAGACCGGGAGCGCGCGGGGGAGGCGUCUGCUCCCGGGGACUGAGGCGGCGCCUUCGCCUGCCGGCUGCCGCAGGGACGCGGGCCGCCGCGCCGUCGGCGACAUCUUGCUCGGCAGGAAAGCGCGGGGGAGAGCGGGCCGCUCGGAGCUGCUGCGCCACGCGCGCGGAGGACGGGCCGGGGACGCAGGGCCAGGCCGGCGCGGGACCGAGGAGGCGGCGGCAGCGGCGGAGCGGAGCCGCGCGCGCUCAAGCCCGCGGGAGGCACCAUGUCCCCGGGGAGCGGGGUGAAGAGCGAGUACAUGAAGCGCUACCGGGAGCCGCGCUGGGAAGAGUACGGGCCGUGCUACCGGGAGCUGCUGCACUACCGCCUGGGCCGCCGGCUGCUGGAGCAGGCGCACGCGCCCUGGCUCUGGGACGACUGGGGCCCGGCCGGCGCCUCGGACGACUCGGCGUCGUCGGCGUCGUCGGGCGCCGGGGGCCCCGCGCCCCAGUUCGCCCCCGCCUCGCCGCCGCCGCCGCCGCCCGCGGAACCCGCGGCGCGGGAGGGGCCGGAACGGCGGGCGCGCGGGCCGGCGGAGGAGCAGGGCGCGGAGGCGGCGGAGGCCGGGGAGGCCCGGGACGCGGCGAGCGCGGAGGCGGCGGACGUGGCUCUGCCAGCACUGCCAGUGAAAGACAUAAAAGAAAAACCUGAACAACAGGCCAGAGCAAAAGAGACUGACAAGUUACCCAGCAGUACUGAACCUCGACAGCAACCAAGUGCCUUAUUUGCUAGAGGAAAUAGGAAAGCAGCCAAAAGUCCUCAAAGAUCAUCAACUAAAAUAAAGGAGAAGAAGCAUCCGUUUGCUCUUUAUGGGUGGGGAGAAAAACAGACCGAUACCGGAAGCCAAAAAACUCACAACGUCUGCGCGUCUGCCCCCGUGCAUGAGAUUCACGAAUCAGCACUACGAGCCAAGAACAGAAGACAGGUGGAAAGAAGGAAACUGGUCACUCAGAGGCAGCGCGCUCACUCUGUAGACGUGGAGAAAAACCGAAAGAUAAAGCCUUCCUCCUCGGAGAACCCAUGGAUGACAGAGUACAUGAGAUGCUAUUCGGCAAGAGCUUAAAGGCCGAAACAGUCGCUUGGACAGCCUCUUCAAAAGAGUGUAAAUGAAAAGAAAGAAGAAACAAAACAAAAGAAAACAGACAUAGAUUUAAGAAACCAGCUGAUUAUGCAAGGUUUUCCGUAGGGAAUGUCCAAAAGAUUGCUCUAUUUCAGUGAACCCUGGUCACCUACCUCAGCAGUAGGGCGACAGUUGAAGCCAUAGAUAUUUGGUUAUUUAUGAAGCUCAGUCCCUAAUAUUUGAUAUUCUUUUAAGGGUUUUUGUUUUAAAGCAUCUUAAUCUUUUCAGAUGCCGCCACCGAAUGCCUUUAAAUGGCUACUGAUGCUUAACAUUCAGUCUUCUCUGUCAGUGUAGCCGGAGCCUGUUUUCAUCCUGUCCUGAGUAACUUUCCAGAUUCCAUAGUGAGGAAGAUCAUUCCGACCUGUAGCUUAAGACUCCUUUUCCUUACGCGUGGUUUUCUUCGUGAAAGAACGGCUCAUCGAAAGGGAGUUUCGACACUAACAUCGAUUCCUUGUAUAGUGACGCCAGAACCCCCUGAAAAAGUAAACUUAUUCAUCUUUCAAUUAUGGCACCACUUUACACAGACCGUGAUAUUUAAGAAUUAUCUGGGCUGGAACUCAUUCGUAACAAAGCCUUGACGAUGUACGUUGUUCAGACUUCCGCUGAAAUGCAUUUCUCCCGGAUUCCUAGCCAGUGGAAUGAGACGAUGGUGGUGUUUGUCUAGGCACGGAUGUUGAGCAUGUAAAUAAAGCGCUCCUUCCCUGGUACAUUUCCUUUGGGGUAGAACAAAAUGGUUUUAAGGAAUGCUGGUUUCCAUCCAGCUGAUAACAGGAAUCUACAGGAAGGAAGAGUGCCGAAUUCUCUGGAAGAGGGAAAAAAGGUCCUUUGCCUGGGCCAGGUUAGCACCUGUAGAUGGGUGAAUAAAAUUUGCUAUUAGGUGUGAGGUUGAACAUUCCCUUGCUGUUUUUACUCUGGAUCUUUGAAGUGUUGUCAAUUUUUACUCUUUUUGUUUUUGUUUUUUUUUUUAAGUAGGCUCCAGGCCCAGUGUGGGGCUAGAACUCGUGACCCUGAGACCAAGAAAGAGUAUGCUCUACCAAUUUAGCCAACCAAGCCCCCCACAGUCAAUGUUUAGAACACAAAUAUGUUGUAUUCCACAUAAAAUCUUCACACGAUGUCCUCUUACAACUGUAUAAGCUUUGAAAACUCAAGAAUCGUGAGCUUUAAAAAAAAGAAAAAAGACUUUUUAAAUACUUGCAUCGUUCUGAGGUGAAUCCUUUUACACAGAGAGCUCUCCUAAUCAUUGAGAUGGGUAUUUAACAGGAAGUUCUAUAUGUUGGUCCAAAACAACCCUGCUAAUAAUCCUGGUGAACGUUACUGUCGUUAUUAAAGUCCUUAUACACUGCAGGUACCUAACGAUCAAAUUAACGUGGCAUUGUGAUGGUGCAGCUGACUGUGAAAACUGUUCCUUCCAAAGCCCUUCGUGCUCCUUUGUGUUUAGGCAUCCAGCUCAAGCAUUCCUGUUGCACCUGACAAUCUCCGGGAAGAUGGCCUUGGGUGUAGGUCAGGUUCCACACUGACGGGCUGCCUUAGAAACCCGGCUUCCUCUCGGCUUUACCACGCCAGACUCCCUCCCCUUUAGGGAACAGACUCGUAUUUAAUGUGCUUCCUACUGGCAACUCCAGAUGGAGACAAAACCUAGACGGCAAUAUUGGCCAGUUUUACCCCCUUUUUAAGUAGAAGACCAAUGGACAGGAUUUUUAAAGUACUUUUCGUGUGCAUGAACAAUGAGUACAUCAGCCUGAAUUAACUGUGAGUCCCCUUCCCACGUCCAAGUCAUUAGUUGGUGAGGGUGUCUUUUUAGGGGUGAAAAUCACCUUUGGAGCCCAUGAAGUUUUUUAAGCGGUAACAAUUUGAUGGUCUGACUGUUCCCUUCAUUCUAGAAACUCAUGUUCCUAAUUCUUAUAAAUCGUGUUCCUAAUUCUUGGGACAGCGUGGAAGACAGCAGGCUAGUUUAAAAUUACCUUUCAUGUUGAAAAGUCUGAAACGGAAAAUCCAGUGAGAAUAUGGAAUAAAAUAAUUGCUGCCUAAGAUUCUCUUUUUUAAAUUUUGGUUUUAAAAUUAAAAGUUUGCCAUAAACAUGG